AUGACGAGCAAGGAUAUUGGUUGGGAACAUGGUAAACCCGUGGGAGGGAAUAGAAAAAUUGUGAGAUGCAAUUAUUGUGGAAAAAUAAUGCAUGGUGGCAUUACAAGGUUGAAAGAACAUGUCGGUCAUGUCAUAGGACAAGUUGAGCCUUGUCCAAGGGCCUCAAGUGAAGUUAGAGAUUUAAUGAAAAUGCAUCUAAAGAUUGGUAAGAUUCAAAGAGCUACAAUAAAACAGAAAAAAGAAGAAAUAUUGAAUUCUUUCCAACAAGAAAGUAUGCAUGGUAAUUUCAACAUGGUUGGCGACGAGGAGGACGAAGCCUUUUUUGAAAUUGAUGAAGAAAGUCGGAUGGCGUUGGAAAAAAAACAAAUGAAGCAAGCAAUUAGAGAGAGCCAAUACUUGCAAUUUUUAGACGAACAACGAAGGCAUUCGGUAUCUGGGAGUCGACCUUCUAUGUUUAUGUCAGGGAAUAUGGGUGUUGGCACUUCAAACCCAACGACUUCUGAAAAUAAAAGAGGAUUGUCACGUAAUUUCAGUGUCAGACAAGCAGAUGAAAUGACAAGCAGAGGAAUUGAAUCACAUAUGUUUCCUUCGAAACAAAAAUCAGUCAAAUUAAUGUUUGCGAAGGAAAAUAUAAAAAGAGUUGGUAAGGCAGUUUCAAAGUUUUUUCAUUUCAAUGCUAUACCAUUUCAUGCAGCUGACAAUCCUUAUUAUCAAUCGAUGAUUGAUGAAAUUGCCAAAGCUGGUUCUGGUAUUAAAGGCCCUUCAGCUUAUCAAAUUGGAAAUGAAUAUUUAGAUGAAGAAUUUGAAGAGCUUGAGAAAUAUCUUCGAGAUAUUUAUGAUAAAUUUUCAACUUUUGGUUGUACACUUAUGUGUGAUGGGUGGAGCACUCGUACAAAACAUCCAAUAAUAAAUUUUAUGGUAUACUGUGAUAGGCACAUGAUAUACCAUAGUUCAGUUGAUUGUACCAAUAUUAAGAAAACUGCUGAAUAUAUUUUCAAGUUAAUGGAUGAGGUAGUAGAGGUUGUGGGGGAAAAAAAUGUUGUGCAAGUUGUGACAGAUAGUGAAUCUAGUAUGAAAGCUGCUGGACAACUGUUGAUGAAAAAAAGAAAAAAUCUUUUCUGGUCACCUUGCGCUGCGCAUUGUAUAGAUUUGAUGUUGGAGGAUAUUGGCAAAAUGGAUAAUGUAAAAGAAACUAUUGCUCAGGGGAAGAAGAUAACAAGUUUCAUAUAUAACAGUGACAAAGUAGUGAAUCUGAUGAAGACAUAUACAAAAAAAAGGGAACUGCUACGUCCAGGUAUCACUAGAUUUGCAACUGAAUUCAUUUCUAUGGAAAGUCUUCUUCGGCAUUGUACAGAACUAAAAAGAAUGUGCACCUCAGAUGAAUGGGCAGAGUUUAAUAACACUACCAAGAGAAAAGCAGAAGCUAUUAAAGUAGCUGAGUUGAUAUUGUCAGAGAAGUUUUGGAAAAAAGUUAGAAAUGUGUGUGCAAUAAUGGAGCCUCUGGUCAAAGUUUUAAAAACUAUUGAUCAAGAUAAUAAGCCAACAUUGCCAAUUAUUUAUGAGGCAAUGGAUAGAGCAAAAAUGGCUAUUCAAAAGUCGGUGAAAUCUUGGAAAACAAUUUGGGAAGUGAUUGAUAAUAGAUGGUACAAUCAACUUCAUCGGGAUUUACAUGCGGCAGCAUAUUUUUUGAACCCGAUCCUUCAAUAUUCUGGAACUUGUGAGUUUAAUCUGGAUGAAGUUCGAAGAGGGUUAAAGAACGUCAUUGCAAAGUUGGAGCCAAAUUUAGAUGCACAAGUUGAUUCAAUAAAUGAGAUCAAAAUUUUUGCAGACAAAAAGGGAGGCUUUGGAAGUGCUAUUGCAGCAAGAGCAUUACCAAAAUCUUUACCAGCUGAAUGGUGGCUUAACUACGGUGAAGAUGCGCCAAAUUUAAGGAAUAUUGCAGUGAAAAUAUUGAGUCAAACCUGCACAUCCUCUGGUUGUGAGCGAAAUUGGAGUACAUGGUCAUUAAUUCAUACAAAACUACGCAACCGUUUGGCAGUUAAAAAAUUGCAUAAAUUAGUUUUUGUGCAUUACAAUAUGCGAUUGAAGGUGAAAAAUUUGAUGCAUCAAAGAGAUACUGAUGAUUUCUACAACCCAAUUGACUUGAAUCACAUUUUUCACCAAGAUGAUAUAUUGGAUGAUUGGAUAAGAGAAAAUGAACAACCCACAUUGCCUGAAGAUAAUCUGGAUUGGUUGGAUAAGGGCAUUCAUCAAACUGAAUCAGAAAGUAGUGAAUAUCAAGAACAUGACAACGAUGGUUUUGGUGAUACAUUGUCCCAAUAUAUUACCAAAAGAAAUAAGAAAGGUCUUGCUGCAUCCUCAAGUAGGAAACAAAAAAGUAAGACUAAACAAACCAGUAAGCAGACUGUUCCGUCAUCUUCAAAUAAAAGUGACAGCAGUAAUGAUGAUGAUGACAAUGGUGACAAUGGAGAUGGAGGGAACAAUUCUUCCAGGCAUAGUGGUUACAAUCGAGAUAGCCAACAACCAGGAGGUAUGUCAUGGGCUCAAGGACAAGAUAAUUAUUAUGCCACUCAAGAUACUGAUCAUGGCUAUCGUCAUGGUAUAGAAGCACAGCGUCAAUUCCUCAAUGAUUUAACUCAAUUUUCAAGUGAGGAUACUUUCUCUCACCAUUCAGGGUCACAAAGAUAUAGAGGAGUCAAUGAUCAGAUGCAAAAUUUGGGUAUAUACUCAACUUAUGAGCAUGAAUCUAAUCAAAACCGUAGUACUAGUCAAUUGGGAUAUGGCUAUGACCAAUCAUAUGGAAUCACUCCUGACUAUUACAGUGGAUAUCGGCCAUUUGACAGACCUGGACAGGUUGAAAGGUCUACUAGCAUUCAUGGUAGUGGAUACUAUGAAAAAGAAAUAGAUAAGUCUCAUGAUGGUUCUUCUUUUGAUUCCAAUAACAUUGGAUUUUAUGGUCAUGAUUCUACUGCAUCAUAUGGUACCAGCGAUAGUGUUAACUAUCGAGGGUUUGGAUACUACCAUCAACAAAUCAUCUCCAAUCCAGAAGUUCUUCCGUCCAAUGAUUAUGGAACAUCUAGUCAAUCCUCACAUCCAGUAAAUACACCAGAUAACUCGUUUACACUACCUACUCAAGGUCCUAUGCCACUUCCACAUCUGUUUUACCAUUCAUCGACCAAUCACGAUGAUUUUGAACCACAUCUCAUUCUACUUGGUAUUAACAG